AUGUCUAAAGUAUUCAAGGGUAGUCAUGCGGCUGGCAUCUUUGCCGAUAUGUCGGUUGAUGGGCCACCCAUUGGCACUUUGGUAGCCAUUAUCGACCGGGCAAAGAAUCUACCUAAUCGCAAAACUAUGGGAAAACAAAACCCUUAUUGUGCAGCGCGCUUAGGAAAGGAAGCAAAGAAAACCCCUACAGAUUUACGAGGAGGUCAAACUCCUAGAUGGGACCACGAGCUCCGUUUCACUGUACACCAAUCCCCAGACUACUACAAACUCAAGGUUUCUGUGUUCAACGACGACAAAAAGACCGAUCUGAUUGGAGAGACGUGGAUUGAUUUGAACAAUCUCAUUAUUCCUGGAGGAAGCCAAGACGAUCACUGGCACCCAUUGCAGUCACGAGGCAAAUACUCCGGCGAAGUUCGAAUCGAGAUGACAUACUACGAUACCCGACAACAGGAUGAGGCACUUAUUGAGAAGCGAAAGGAAGCCGCGGACAGAGUCCAAGGCAAACAACCAGCAGCAGCAACAGCAGCUACUCCAUCAAGCUCGGGCCUAUCAGGUCCCAGACAACUGAACGCUUUCAAGCGACGACCACUGCCCACUGAUCCAUCAGGAGCAGCCCCUCCCAGACCUCCUGUCCAAGAGCAACCCCCAGCUCCUGCAUUGCAUCAUCCGGUGCCUUCACGAAACAUUCGGGAACAAGUCCAAAACAUGCCCACGGCUUCUGUCCCAGAGCCCUCCCACAAUUAUCCCCAGAGACAACACUCAGAGCCUACAUAUGAGCAACAUUACAAUCACCCGUCUCAAUCUCGAGCAUACGAUAACCCUGAUAACUAUCAGCGCGAGUGGGAAACGCCAGCCACAGCCCCUGCGCUUCCUCCAGCAGGCGCGAUGAGACGUAAUCAGACACAGGAAACAACGUACGCCAGUCACGAGAACCCAGAGCUUGCAUAUGACUCGCGCCCACUGCAACCUCGCAGCCACUCCGACUUUGAUCAGCAUCCUCCACGAGAGUACCGCUCUGCUUCCCAAGAGCCAUCGUAUGAGGUUGAUAUGCAUACUAGGGCAGUUUACGAGCAGGGCGAGGAUAUCUACAGUCCGCUCUCACCCCAGUAUACCGCUCCUCCUAUGUCGUUUGGGCCGGUGUCGACUUUUACCCCACGCCAGCCAGGAUACGCAGAUGAGCCUGCACCGCUGAGUUACUCGCGGCCGAAUUCAUCGUCCGGGCCAGCAGGUGACCCUCGCUACCAGCCGCACGACAUUCGAGCACUUCAGCCUAUGCAUCGGGAUUCCUAUCAUCCCGAGUACGCCACAAUGCAGCCACGCGUGGAAGACGAGGACGAGGAUGGUCCGCCUCCACCUCCGCCAGUUCAUCGGUCUCGCAUGGCACAGCACGUACAGCCAGUACAGCCAAUGCAACCAGUACAGCCAAUGCAGCCAAUGCAGCCAAUGCCCCCUGUGCAGCAAAUGCCACCAAUGCAGGCGAUGCCACUAAUACAGCCAAUGCAGCCAGCCCCACCACCUGCCAGAGAGCCAUCAUCAUAUCAGCCAUACACUCCGGGACACUCGAACACAACAUCUCCUAUGCCCAGCAGUCUCGUCGCUGGUUACGAGCCCGAAGAAUUCCCUAAUUAUGAUGAUCGACUUGGCCGGAGACCAAGUGCUCAUUUCGACGAUGAAAUGAUGAUUUCUCAACCGCCAGGACCGGGUGCCCUCGUGCCUGUUACCAAGUCUGCUCAAGCAUCACCUUCACCCUACGAAUCUCCCAUUUAUCCUCUCCGUACCUCUCCACAGCCCAUUACCGAGCGACCUACCUCAAGCCGUGGCGGGUCUACGAGCUCAGACAUGCGAAUGGUGACACGAAAAUCGGUUAGCCCCCGACCUUCGAUUUCCAGUGACCGUGAACGUGCAUCGUCGAUCCCAUUCUCGCCUGACUCGUACAACUCCAUCAACCCACAUGCCGCACGACCCGUCAGUAGCAGAGAUCACACGCCGGCCUAUGACUCGCCAUCCAACGCCAGGGACGCAAACGCAGUGGUGCGCACCGAGAUCGAACCCGUCCGGGAUCUCAGCCAGCCAAUCAUUGGUGACGAUGGCCGUGAGAUUGAUCCAUCUGAUCAUCUUCCUACAGACACUUGGGCCCCUGAGCCAGAACGGAAGAACCGCAAGCCGGAGGUCAUCCUUCGCUUCAAGCACUCUCCUCGAGACCGGCCCACGUCCCGUGGCAAUGAUACGGCAUCUCGCAACGCCCCGCCGCCUCGCGUGGGCUUCAGGACGGAGACUAGUUCAUACGGCUCCGAUCGUCCGCGGUACACCCCGAGCCAUCAUUCUAGCUCCGAAUCUGUGGAUCGAACACCACGAUAUGACAACUAUGGAGGAGGUUACACACAAACCCGGGGCUACAACACACCGACAUCAACUGAACGGCCCCGCUCAUCCCGUGGCUCUGUUUCACCAUCCCCUAUUUCUCGAUCUCCACUGUAUGACUACAGCUCCGGUCCACCAAUUCCAUCCAAGGUGCCGAUUUCCCAGGGCUCUCCAAGCUACCCUGUUGCUGCCAGCAAUGGGAGCAGCGGAAACCCUGGCAUGGAUGCCUUGAGUCGAGAGUUGAAGACCAUUGAAAUAGGGUCGGCUGGGUGCAGCCCAAGUCGUGCUGUUCGGAGAUAUGCUCCUCCUCGCCAGUCAGCAUCAAUUGGGUAUGCUAGUUAA